AGACCGUCGCGAUGGUCUACACCCCGUGUGCCAUAUGGGACAUACGUUUCCUCACUCUCUUUUUUUUCCUGCUGUUUUGAUCGUCAUGUCGUAUCGUUAAUUGACCAUAUGUCACCGUCACGGCACAAGGUUCAGAAUGGUGUUGCUCUAUUCUUUUACAAUGAUUAUAGUAUAGAUGGAAGAUCGGUGAUCUUCAUUGAUUCAUUUCCAUCACUGACCUCAUCAACUGGUUCCGAUUUGUGUACCAGCUUUAGCUAAGCGUAAUCUAUACUUUUCGGCAAAUCGCGACACGGUCAAAGGGAGCCGUUCGCAUACGUGGGGGGGUGUGAUACUAUUUUUGUCUCAACAAAUUUCUCCAACCAACCGGAAUUUAUGAUUCUACUACACCCGUUCACUUUUUGGCAGCGGACGAGAAACAAAAUCAUCUCGAAGUUGCCGUGUCAACCCGAAUGAUGGACGUCUGCACAGGGGUGGGGAGGUUACUACAUUUUCUAGGAAAACUUAAGCUUCUUACAACAUUCUCACAGUGGCGAAAUGGUGAAACUAACGAUCGAGCGAGAAAUAGAAUGGAGUGACGGAAAACACUAAAACAACUCUCGCAUCUUUCCCCAACCGUAACCGUCUACCCAUGAUGGCAAUUAUUUAACUCCUACACUUGGUCCACGCUGGUGUUGGGGAGGCUUGUUGGAAAUGAAGACAUUGCGGUCAGCUAGGUGGAGAUGGUUCCGAGACUGCACGAAAGUUAUGAAAUCAUUACCUUUAUUGUUAUUAAUGGUGACCAAUUUGCGAAAUGGCCGUGUGUCGAUGCACUGUGCAAUCGUCCGGAUCGGAGAAACUGCACCCAGGGACGUUCCCUUCUCCUAUUGCGUGGCGUGCUGUGGAUGAUUUUAUUAGUUACUAAAGAUGUUGUCAACGAACCUUACGGUGCUCCGUUCGUUCUGCAAGAUAAAGAUGCUUCGUUUAAUGGCUGAGUUUUUAGCACAUCAGACGAACUGAUAAAGACUCCGUUUGUACAGACUUGGACAGACAAAGAUUCUUCCGUUGAUUGACAUGGAAUCUGGGUGUCGUGCUGAUAAAGAUCAGCAUAAGUUAUCUCGUUGCGAAAAUAUGAUCGAUCGCUUUUUAUCGCAUUACGGGAAAACCAUCGAUCAUGGGAAGAAUAUUCACAUUGAAAUACAUAAUCUGCCAUUUCUUGCACUUACUGCUGAUCUUCCAAACUGACGACCAUCGCCCAAAAAAUAACCAUCGGCAGUAGAACCAAUUUCUACAAAACCCACUAGCGGAUCAAAUUCUGCUGACGAUGGAUUGUGGACUACCAUACCCCAAAUCGUACCAACAAAACAAAAAAAGAGAGUUGCAGAAAAUCCAUCCAUACACACACGCCUCAAAAGUCAAUCGUCCUUUCACAGCGAUCUUUCACGUCCGGCCCAUAACGAUCGCUGUUGGUUGUUUUUUCGUUUACAUUUUCCGCAAAAGAAAAGCAAAAGCAUAACCUCAAACUGGGGAAGAAACUAUGCAAAAAAUCUGCAAACUCAACGACACCCCAAACACCGGCCCACGUUGUUGGACAACGUUUCGGUUUACCCAUGGCGUCCCAUUCACCGCGAAGUAUAUAGAAGGGUGUGUGGAUUCCUCCUAUUGCUUACGUUCGGUAGUUUUCGUCCCAAUUUGUGGCCAGUUUUUUUUUUGUUAUUUCGUUCGUGCUACCCCGGGUACCGAAUGUUUUCACCAAGUUUCGUCGGUUUGGUUCGGUGUGUAGUAUUUAUAAUUUUUCCUCGCACACACGUCGUUGUCGGCUGACGGCGGUUAGGGACACACUUACGAGUUAGCAUGUGCGGUACUAGCUGCGGUGGCAGUCGUGAUUCGACCACGCUGUCGGAACGGUGCUGGUCCUCCUGGUCUGUAACCGGUGUGUCGUGCCCGGGCACUGCGUGGUGUGUUUGCUCCCUAAAAAAAAUCCUAAUGAUGCCCUCCACGAACAGACAUUUGUGCUAAAUUGUACUAAAUGUAGUGUACACAGUGUUGCAAUAAGUAGAUAGUGUCGAAUCUACCCGCUCCUAUACGACAGCUCCCAGUGCUAGUGUGUGCUAGUAGUGAUCGAUGUACUAAAAAUCCAAGGUGAAUACACUCUCGCUUAUAGAGUCUCGCCGAUGGUGGCGUUCUUCAUCCCGGGACUUCAUCAGACAGCUCCGGAUAGCUUGUAUUUUCGUCCGUGUUGAUUGUGCAAGUGAGUGAAACGGCACUAUGUGCGUCAAACGUGGCGUAAAUUUUCUUUCCUUCUCCUCGCACCCCCUGUGUCCUUUUCGGGGAGGAAAACGAGAUUUGACCGCGACGACAACGAAGAAACGCAACAUCUUCACGAUGACAAAGUAAACGAAACUGUUUCGCAUGUGACGUGUUCCCGGUUCCCGGUCAGUUGUUGGAACAGCAGUGAGUGCAAUAAACGGACGGAUUUUAUUUAAUCUCAUCAUCGUUCGCUCUGUCGGCUAAAUGCUUCCGUCUCGAGGAUCCGUGUGUGGGCAGAACCGUCUGCGUACCAUUUGGAAGUGAUAGUUUUUAUUUCUUCUAUAUAAUAUACAGUUUUCCUUUGCGGCUUUCGUUGUCUUUUGGGCCUAGUGUGCGAGACGAGAAUUGUUCUUCGCAAGUGAGUGUUUAUUAAUUGUGACGUAUCCAACGAUAGAUGUUCGCAUUGCCUUUCCGAACCCCGGACUAUACGGCACAAAAAGAUAUGGGGAAGAUCAAAUAUCAAAAGCAAGCUUGUUACCGGGGCGCCAUGAACUGUUUGCAACACGGUCAUGAUCGCUUUUGAAUCAUCCACAGUUUCACGCCCAAGCCGAACCGGUAACCGUUGUGUAACUCCACACUAAGGGCGCUGCGUAGCGUUGCCUCUCUAGGGAGGGGAUUCUAAAGCUGCUGAUUGAUGCCCCCGAAGCAACAACCCAAAUUGACGUAAUCGACCGCAUAUCGCGCAGCAGCACCCAAACUGCCAGAUCACAAACCACCGAACCCGUAUCCCGUCCAGUCCGAGGUCCGUCUCAAGUGACUGCCGGUGUGUGGUUUAAUAGAAUAAUGCACCUCUUUGAUUCGUCGAAGGGGAACCCGAGAGAACGACGGAUUCGCGUGUAAUAUGAACCGCCAAUCCGAUGGUGGUGCCAAAGUGCUUGUGAACGCGUACGCCGGGUGUAGCAGCAACAAGGCAGAAGCCGGCCGGGCCAAGUCGAAAAAGUCGUCAGUGCAGUCCAAAAAUGUUCCUGACUCCCGCGGUUCGACAACGGCGGGUAGUAACGGUGCCGGCAUUAGCAGUUCUGCCUCGACCACUUCGUCUACCGGUGGUGGCGGCUUUCAGUCAUUCUUCCGCUGGUUCCGACGGGAUGAGUCACGAGCGAUCGCACGCAGUGCCAGCGGUUCAGCGGUUACACCGGAACUGCAUGACAGAAGUGCUCAGCCACGCCAACAACGACAGCAACGUUCCCAGCGCUCUAUGGUGCAACAGUCGGAUGCUGCUGCUAGCAUAGGACGGAUCUCCUUAACGAACGGAGCAGCCGACGCUACUACGCCCGGAAGUGGUACGAUUGCGAGCCGGCGCACGAUAGACAGCACGAGCAGCAAGAACUCAACCACUACGACAGGGGAUAGCGUUAGUCAGUCAGCAAGUAAUGGUACGCACAGUUCUUCGCCGAGCCCUGGACCGGUGAUUGACUGUAACAACCUUUCGAAGAGUUCGAGCUGUGACAGUAUUCUCAGUACAGCCACCAACGGGUUCGCAUUUGUGCCUCCGAACUGCUACGAAGCGGUACUCGCGAAAGGUAAUCCCGAGAUUCGUCGCACGAUACAGCCCGGUCCGUACACCGACAGCUACAAGCGACGUUGCUCCGAGCGAGACCGUGCCCGAGAGCUUGAUCGUAAGUACGAGCUAACGUUGCGCAAAAAGUAUCGGCUGUUUGCAAGUCUCCGGGAAAGUCCGGCGAAAGAUCAGCGGGACGCAACACUUACACGAGAAAAUCAGCGUACGGUAUACACGGAUCUUAGUUUACCGACAACGACUGGAACUAAACCAUCGAACACUCUAGAGAUCGGAGCUAUUCGACAAGAGUUUUCUUCCGUUGGAGAAUAUCAUAAGAUCGACGAUCCUUCCAGUCGACGACACCGACGCACGGUAAGUGACAGUUCGAAAGAUCGUCGUGCUGGCGCUUACGUGCACGUGAAAGGUAAAAGACGUGCUCCGCCACCGCCACCACUAUCACUCGAUCGAUCCGAUACGGGAUCGUCAUCUACGAGCACACUUACACGCUCCUGUUGUACGCCCAACUAUCGGACACUAUCUCCUGGAUCGACACUAUCGCGCAAGAAACGCCCUGCACCGGCUCCACCAGUAACUCCAACGACUCCCACACUUAACGAAGCAUCUUCCAGCACAAGCCUUCUGGAGGAUCGAGAGAUCAAGGCGAUCAUCGAAGGUCGGCCACUGUCAUUGCUGGCAAAAGAACAAACCACCGAGCCAGAACCGUGCAUCAUAAUGCCGCUACCUUUCAUUAGGCCACUUUCUCCGCUGCCUAACAUUGCGGAAGAACGUGCACCACCCGGGGGACUGACGGAGGAGCAAAAGCAACAGCUUAUCGAUAAUAUCCGUAAGGUUCAGUCUCAAGCUUCGGCUGCACCGAAUACACCACCAACACCUACGCCUAACACAGACGAUCCUUGCGAUGUGAUGAAAAUGGAGGAACAGUUUAACAGAGCAAACGGAACACGCUCCCCAAUCCAUGACUAUCUGUACGCGGAAGCUAUUGCCAGUGCGAAAACGAACGCUGUACAGACGACACCUCCACAGCUCCAACCACCAACAUCGCCAAUCUCCCCGAGACCAUGGUACAAACGACCAAUAUCAGGUAUUCGGCAGCAGGAAAGCUCGCUACCCUUUAAGCGGGACAUAAUUUUAAAAACGAUCGACAAACGGAAAGCAGGCAAUGGGAAGCACACGAAGGAUACCGCUGACGAUCUGCCGGAAGUGGGAUAUUGUAGGAACUCAAUGUUGCACCAAGAUUCGGCUACAAACGCCAACAGCAGUAGUCCAUCAUCUUCCCUUGCCGGUGGUGUGGGGAAGUUUAACCUGUUCGCAAAGAUUACGGAAAAGUCGGACGACACCAAAAGACGCGAACGCGAUGCGGAGAAACGACGUUCAGCCAUCGGAAUACCUAGCAUUAGUGAGCUAGACCGUGAGGCGGCUGAAAUCGUGCACAACGAGUACCGAUGUAAUGGAACGGAUACUAAAACACAGUCUUUGGAAGGACAACAAAUGGGUGAUAAGCAGAAGUCAGCCAAAGAAUUGAUAUCAAAGUUUGAGGCGACGAGUGUACCUGUGGCAGGGAAGGUAACCGUGAGCAGUUCCUUCGUUGCGAGGCGAGAUUAUUUCGGCAUGGAAAUUCCCACAGCGUCUCCAGUGUCUCCAACCAAUUCGUCCACGAAUCAAUCAGUUACUGUAAACUCAUCGAAUAGUGAGAAACUUAUCGUAACGCAAUCGACCACAAACAGUCCUCAGGAGAUUCAGAGUCAGCCUGCGCCCACGAAUGGGCUAGCCAAAACGGGUAGCGACAAGAAUUUGCUUGGUUUAUGGACAUGCCCGUACUGUACACUGGAGAAUCCUAACUGGCGCAUUAUUUGUGAAGCGUGUGAGCGUAUAAAACCAUACGACAGUAAGCUUAGCAUUCUCGAGGAACCUCCGCUUCGACCAAACCAUCCUUUAAAGCGUCCUAUUCCUGAUGCUAAAAGGGUACAACCGCCAGCAAAUCAAACGACAUCUGCUAUAGUUCAAAAUGGCGGUGAAGAUUUGGAUAGGAAAACGGAGCGAGUGUUAAAGUACUUUAUGCCAAAGCCACUGGCAGCACCGGCCACCAAUGGUACACUGUUGGUAAAUGGAAACGGUGAUGAUCGAGCGUCGAUAAUACAGCGAAAGCCUAGCUACGGUCAAACGAAACCACUCGCCUCUCCUAAGAUGGGGGUUAAAAGUCUGCUGAAUCGUGUUCCGCAUCCAGAAAUCGGUACAGGUGCGUUGUAUCGCAACUUUAACGCCAUUCCAGAGAACUACCAUAAUGGUGGUGCUGGAAAUGAUAGCACCAACAAGUUUGACGAUCAAAAGCUAAAAGAAAGCCACGGUGUCAGCAACGUAGCUCCGCUAGCUUCACCAGAACCUACCACAGAAAAGAAUGAUGCGGUGUACGGUGUGUUAAAUAAACCAUACUCACCGAAAGAUCGAGUAAAUAUUGAAGAAAUACGUAAUGCACGAAUAGCGCGAUUCGGAGCAAUCGUGGAGCCCGAACUCAACCACGAACCAGUUCCGUUGGAUAAGGAAAUAAUUACACCGAAAACCAAAGAACAGCAAGAUCACGAAGCGCUCGAGAAGGAAAAGGAACGCCUGCGGGAGAUGAUUCGCGCGAUGAACGCGAAAGCCUUGGCAGAGAAGUAUCCCGUGAUACAGAAACCACCCAGUAACAGUGGUAACAACAAUACUCUCAAGCGGGAUUCGCCUUUGUUACAGCGGAAAAAUGGUCUUACCUCGGGAAUUCCCAUCAGCACCAAGAAUCUUAGUCCUGUUCCGCCGCGAAAAACGGGAAGUCCGCUACUCGCACGCAAAUCUGCUGCACCUCUCACCAUACCCGAGGAUGGAAUGAGAAAGGAACAGGCCGUGGUAACGUCUGCACCGACAGUAGACAUAACUCCUGCCUCUUCUCCCAAUACUGGGGCAAUAAGGAAGACAUCCUUCCCGAGGCGUACCGGUGAUGUCGGUGAUAUUAAAUUGUCUUCGCCGGCGGAGGGUAAGAUCAUCAAUCAGGAUAGUUUGCGAGGAACCAUUCCGGAGACGGUGGCUGAGAUUAACCAACAACCAUCUGUAACCGGAUCGACGUUAGUACUCACCAACGACAUACAGAGUAUGCAUUACGAACCAAUGGAUGAACAUCAGUUCGUACGUGCCGCUGGAAGCGGACAGCGUCAUGGUCAAAGUAACGAGAUGAGUUCUAUUCCCAGACCUUCCGGUGUUCCAUUAUCGCCUCGACUGCAAGAUCGCCACCGGAAGUCGUUAAUGGAAAAACAGCAACAACACGACGAAAAGUUGAAACAAUUAUCCGUUCAGUUACGAUCACAACAGGGUGUUGAUCGAUUCCGAAGCACAUUACUGUACUCACCGAAUAGCAUCAGCCGCACAGGUACGUUAGCGUUGAAUAAGCUGCUGCGUAAUCUGGAACAAGCCAUUGGCGAGGGAGCGCACGAUCGCGCAGCUGAAUUAGCGAUGGAUUUGGCCAAAAUGAAGGUGUCCCUGUCGGUGACGAGGCAAAGUCCUACUCGUCCAAAUUCUACCACGUCCGGAAGUUUGACUGAUAUAAGCCUGAAUGUUUUCAUUGAUGAUAAGGUGUCACACAAAGGACCAAUGCGUAUGACGUUGGGUGGGUUCGCAACACUUGCCCAGCUGAAAGCAAAGCUAUACAACGAAUACCAGAUUCCGGUGGCAGUCCAACGCUGGCGUUGUGAUGAUCAACCGCUUGAAGAUGACGCUAGGACACUCUAUGAUUAUGGUAUACAAACGAGUGAUCGUACACUGUUUGUGUAUAUAGUGCAACCACCCGUUCCGGCUAGAGAUCACAAACCCCCUUUAUUACUGCAGCAAAGUUUCAGCAAUGCCGAGGUAAAGCUCCUGUCCGUAUCCUCCGAAUCUGAUGGUGAGCAUUCAGAUACACAGAACGAUGAAACCGUUCUUGGAGCAACAGCAUUACCUACAGCUGCACCAAGAGGAUCGGCUACUAAACCAAAAAGCGAACCUAUUGUGAAGGAUACUUCCUCCAACAGUGAUGCCGGAUGGGCCUGUCCAAUGUGCACAUUAAUUAAUCCACUCGACCGACCCGGAUGUGCGGCAUGUUCCGAGGCACGACCCGUUCGUUAUAAAGCUUCCUCUCCAUCCGAGCAGAUCACAAUCACUCCCGAAGAUUUAACACGCUUCCUCGACCAGCAACCGCCGCUCGCACCGGGACGAAAGACGAAAGAACCGACAAUGCACGUUCAGUUAAGAAACCCCCCUAUAGAGACACGAAACGAUCUAAACCGUAUCUCCUCUAAUCGGAAAUCUUCGGACAUAUUUAACAUUCUGCACGAAGAAGGCAAAUCGUUCACCACGGGUUCUGUUGUAACGGCUAGCAAGCAUCCGGCAGUGGUACAGCAGCCUGCAGCACCAGUUCCGAAACCACGCACAAGUGAUCUGAUACGACCAGAGCAUAUUCAGGUGCCGGAACAAAAUCGAAUCGUUAUGACAGCGUUGGCAACACACCGAAGUCCCAAUAUUACCCGUAGUCAGUAUCGUGGGGUGGAUAAUUUUAAUCCUAACUCGAGUGGUAUGGUUAAACCAGAACGACCCAUCAUAACGACGGCUAGUCCGAUUGUGCGGGCGGUACUAUUGAAAAGUUCCUCGGGUGACAAAACGCCAGCAGUUCGAUUCGGUCGCAAUGGACUUGCGCUGCCGGAAGAUGGGACGGAGGUAACGCCUAAUCACUACACGGAACUAGUCAAUCUCGAUAAUGCGGAUCUGAUUGCGAACAUUGAACCGUUCGAGUGUCCGAUCUGCUUCGGUGCGUUCCAACCGUACGAAGGCAUUGUGCUGCGUGAUUGUCUGCAUUCGUUCUGCAAACAGUGUCUGAUCAGCACGAUCCAGUACAGUGAGGAUGCUGCGAUACGUUGCCCGUACAGUGACGCCGUAUACAGCUGUGAAAGUGUUAUACAGCAACGCGAAAUUAAAGCUCUUGUCAGCAAGGAACUGUACGAGGCCCAUCUUGCAAAAUCAAUCCAACAGGCGGAAAGCACUAUCGACAACACGUUCCACUGUCGGACGCCGAACUGUCGCGGAUGGUGCAUCUACGAGGAUAAUGUUAAUCAGUUCAAGUGUCCCGUUUGUAGGAUCGUUAACUGUCUUACUUGUCGGGUUAUUCAUGAUGGGCUCGAUUGUAAACAGUACCAGGACCGCAUGAACAGUGACUGUGAUACUAACUUAGAAGCGCGACGGACCAAAGCAAUGCUGCAGGAGAUGAUCGAGAAGGGUGAAGCGCUUAACUGCCCCACGUGUCAGGUAAUAGUGAUGAAGAAAUGGGGCUGCGAUUGGCUCAAAUGUUCCAUGUGCAAAACGGAGAUCUGCUGGGUAACGCGCGGUCAUCGCUGGGGACCGGCGGGAAAAGGUGAUACCACCGGUGGCUGUCGGUGCGGUAUAAAUGGAAUCAAGUGCCAUCCAAAGUGUAACUACUGCCAUUGACCUGAGAGCUAACAAGACUAUCCGAUCAGGGCUGUUCACAAUAUAAAAUCGAGAAAGGGAGAAAAUUCAGAAUCAAAUGAUCAUUUUGAUCGACAACACUACUGUAGGGAAAUAGAACCAAAUGUAUUUUUUAACCAUGAACUUAAACUGGCAAAGAACGAUAGAACAUGUUCAACGCCCAACUCAGCAAACGUAUGUCAAGUUGGAAAAGAAAAUGCGAAUUGAAUUACACGAACCUGUUACGUAAUGUAGUAAAAGAUGAAGAAAAUCGGAAUUCCAACUGAGGACAUGUUUAGGAAGAAUUAAUCCGACAUUCGGGGUGCGUUUCACAGAUCUGUAUGGAAUUUCGUCUUUACAAUUAAGUGAUUCUUUCGUUGUGAGCAAUAGAAGAAAUAACAUUUAAUGACAGUAAAAGGUGUA